GAAAGGUUCUGCAGACGAUUGAGCCCUCAGGAAAUUAGCACCAAUUGAGAGAUAUAUCCUUUUCUGUCUUGUAACAACAUAUAUACACACACAUAUAGAAGAAUUCUUCAUACAUCUGUAGAUAUAACACAUUCCUUUAACUUUUGAUCAGAGAUAAAAUUAGUUCGAAGCUUUUUGCAGACUGUUUUUCUAUUUUCUUCUCACCAAUAUUCGCCGCAUAAUUCCUAGUCUUGUUAAAAAAAAGGUUUGUAAUUAAUUUUAUCACGAUGAUGAAUGUUGUGCCAUUUGUUUCCUGCAAACAAGGUCUUCAUCAGCCACUUAUUAAUUUCCGAGAUGGUCUAACUAUGGAUCCCUUUAUUCCCUGUAGACGAAAGGACAAGGUAGUGGUAGUUAUUGGCGCAACAGGCACCGGAAAAUCUAGACUUUCCAUUGAUCUAGCCAACCAUUUUCCAGCAGAGGUUGUGAAUAGUGACAAAAUGCAAGUGUACAAAGGUCUCGAUAUAGUCACUAAUAAGGUGACAGAGGAAGAGAUUUGUGGAAUCCCACAUCAUUUGUUAGCAAUUGCUGAUCCUAAUGAAGCUUUCACUGCCACAGAUUUUUGUCACCAUGCUUCAAUAGCUGUGGAGACGAUCACAAGAAAGGGUCACCUACCGCUAAUUGCUGGAGGGUCGAAUUCGUACAUUAAGGCACUAGUGAAUGAUGACAUUGAAUUUAAGUCCAGGUACGAAUGUUGCUUUCUCUGGAUUGAUGUGAACUUGAAAAUACUGCAUCGGUUCGUGUCAGAACGAGUGGAUAAGAUGGUGAAAGACGGGCUUGUAGAGGAAGCGAGGGAAUUUUUCAAUCCUGAAGGUGAUUACACAAGUGGAAUAAGACGUGCAAUCGGAGUACCAGAAAUGGACCAAUAUUUCAGAAAUGAGAAUAAUAAGCUGAUCGGUGAAGAUGCCCGCGAUAGGAUUCUUCAACGUGCCAUUGGACAAAUUAAGGCGAAUACAUGCAAAUUGGCUACAUGCCAACGCCAAAAUAUUCUUAGACUUGAGAGCCAACUAGGGUGGAAUAUAAAUCGACUCGAUGCCACUGAAGCAUUUGAAAAGAAAGGUGGUGAAUCAUGUCAAGCAUGGCAUAGGCUUGUAUCGGAACCAAGUGCUCGAUUUGUUCACCAUUUUCUUUGUGAAGAACUUCUCAAUAUCCCUUCUCCUUCUCCAUCUUCUUCUUCCUCAUCAGCUUCCUUCUUGCCUUCAGCAGCUUCCAUUAUUGGAACAACCAAACCUCCUGCUGUUGUUACUGCAACGCACUAGAAGAAUAUUGUCCACGUCUUGAUACUAUAGUUCCCUAUAGUUUCAUAGUGGAGCAAUAUUUAUAAAAUCAAUAUUUUUGAGAUUUUAUUCGUAUAUCCAACAGAUCUUUCCAGACAGACACAGAGUCUGCACGGAAGAAUGGAAAUACUUUCUUGGGAAGUCUUGUGAUAUUUUUCCUUCAGAUUUGGACUUGAAAUAUCUCUUGGAAUUCAGUGCCUUAGCCCCCCAUGCUACAGAUUGUGAAGUGGUGACAGCUAUAUUGCACUAGGUGCACGAGCAAAUUUUUGAUACCCUUUUGUCAUUGGGUAUUUUGUCUAGGUUCUUUAAUUGUGGGGUCUUUUUAACUUUUUGAAUGUCUAUAUUGUAGUCUAUGCACCUAAAAUAAACCGUGUAGAACAUUUGCCACCCUGCACCUUCACACAGAAAAAAAGAGAGGCUGAGUGGCAUUUUGUUUUCUAUAUUCUGUACUUUGGCAUGACCUGUAUUAUUUUCACUUUAAUGUAAAAGUACUUUGCAUUUAUGUAUAUGAGGUGAUGUCUAAGGAAAUGCUUGAUGUUUGUUUGUGAUUCAA